AUGAACAUAUUAGAUGAGGAUGAAUGCACUUUCGAAAAGAGAUUAAAAUCACUGAUGCAAGAUUAUGAAUUUAAAAAACAAUUUAAUACAAUCAGAUGCAAUGCGAAUGUUCAUAAUUAUGACCUGUUUUAUGAUACCUCUGAAUGUAUUGAUAGUUGUGACAAAUUAUUUGAUAAAAUUAAAAAUAUGAUGAUGAAGAUGGAAAAUAUGAUAACACUCACUAUAGUAUCUAGGUUAAAAAAAAAUAUUAUAUGUAAUAUUAAAUUGUUUAAAAGUUAA